AUGGAAAGGAAGCCUACCGAGAGCUACACUGAGUUUGCUCAACGUUGGAGGGAUAUGGCUGCCCAGGUAAGGCCGACAAUAGGGGAGUCAGAAAUUUCAGGGCUUUUCAUCGACACUCAGAAGUCAAUCUUCUAUGAUAAGCUUUUCAACAUGUUAGGUGAACCGUUUGCGAAGAUUGUAGUGAUAGGACAGAAGCUUGAUAAUAGCAUUAAGUCCAGGAAGAUUGUAGUUCCAGAUGAAGCUAAAAAGGGGUCGACUGGAAAGAAGAAAGAGGAAGUUAGUAGUGUCAAUCAAGUGGGGUACCAGCCUCAAGGUUCCUAUACUCCAUAUUAUACACCUCCCGCCUACAACUAUCAACAACCUACGCAGAGCCCGAUGAACUACUAUCGCCCACCAACACCGGCCCCAUACUCUUAUCAGCCAGUCAACAACGUUGGGGGCACUUCCUAUAGGGCGCCAGCGCCAAAUCAACAAUCUUCAGUACUUACACCACAACCUGUUGGUCAAGCUUUCCCUCCAAGGGCUACCUUCCGCCAAGCUAGAGAGCAAGUUGAUCAUAUCCCGUAUACAUAUUCAGAGCUGCUACCACAGUUGGUUCAGAAGAAUUUGGUCCGUCGGGUUCAGUAUCAGCGUCCUCUACAGUCGCAAUUUCCUACAUGGUAUGAUGUUAACGCUUAUUGCGACUUUCAUUGUGGGGCCCAAGGACAUUCAACUGAGAAUUGCCUUAGAUUGAAGCAGGAGGUGCAAGCUUUAGCGAAAAGUGGAAAGCUCAGUUUUCCCAAGGUAGAACAGCCAAAUACUACAGGUAAUCCACUACCUAAUCACAAUGGAGGCCAGGUCAAUGCUAUAUGUGGCAGGGAGAUUGUGAUAAGGGACGUCCACAAGGUUGUCACCCCUAUGGAAACAGUAUACAAGGCGUUAGUAAAGGCCGACAUGAUGGAGCCAGGACUGUAUGGGGAUCAGUUCUAUAUUGAAGUUCCGAUGGAGGAUGUCAAUGUGGUGAUAGAGAAAGAGAAGCCAAAGCCGUUUAUUCCCACUUUGCCCACCAGGUUGCCACCAUCACCCUUCGUACCCACAAUUCCAAUGGAACCAAUACGAAGAGAUGAGGAGUUUGGGAAAGGAUGUCCUGUGGAUAAGCCGCCAGUGAUGGAACAAGGCCAAUCAUCUGCUCAAGGGGAAAUAGGGAAGCCAUGCUUUACAGAGAAGGAAGCUUGUGAGUUUCUUAAGAUUAUCAGGCAUAGUGAGUACAGCGUGGUAGAUCAAUUGAACAAGAUGCCUGCUAGAAUUUCCAUCCUAUCUUUGUUGUUGAAUUUAGAAGCACAUUGGAAAGCCUUACUUCGGGUAUUAAGUCAAGCCUAUGUGGAGCAAGGAAUCACAGUGGAGAAUCUUGAUCAUAUUGUGGGGAGCAUAACUGCGGGACACAUUACCUUCACUGAUGAGGACAUUCCCGAAGGAGGAAGGAAUAGUUUGAAAGCUCUAUACAUAUCAGUUGGGUGCAAUGGGUUUCAUGUUGGUAGAAUUCUGAUUGAUAAUGGGUCGGCCCUGAAUAUCAUGCCAUAUCAUUCACUGGAGAAGCUAUCUGUGGACCUUUCCUACGUUAAACCAAACAAUAUGAUGUUGGUUGGGAAAGGGUGGAAAGUUGGAUGUGGUUUAGGAAAAAGACUUCAAGGAAUUGGGGAAGCCAUUUCUACACCAAAGUCGGCUGGUUGGGAGAACUCAUUAGAGAAGAUAGAUGCCCUUCAUUUAACCACUGAAGUUUCAGCUGUCAGAGGAAAGUUUAUAGAGUUAUCAGUUAGUGUAGUGGAGGAUGGGUCAGAGGAUAGGUGCCCAUGGAUUUACCCAGCAGAGUCAGGAUCAGAGGAGGUCAAUUGGACUGAGUUUGAGUUUCCAGUUGUUACCAACAAUGAAAUGCCAACUGGCAAUGAAUGCAAAGACGAACCGGAUAGCCCUGCAAAUAUUUUCGAAAGGCCUAUGUGUAAUAAUGAUAUGGCUGAGGAAUAUGCCGAGGACUCAGUGCUACCCUCAGACCUCAUGAGAUUGAUUGAGCAAGAAGAUAGGCAAAUUCAGCCUCAUAAAGAAUCCACUGAAUUGAUAAAUUUGGGUACAGAGGAGAAUAGGAGAGAAGUAAAGAUUGGCACUACUUUGAUGCCAAAAGACAGACAACAGUUAGUAGAUUUGCUUAAAGAGUAUGCAGAUGUUUUUGCAUGGUCGUAUCAGGAUAUGCCGGGGCUGAAUCCUGAGGCUAAUAUUGUUCCAGUCCCAAAAAAGGAUGGAAAGGUGUGGAUGUGUGUAGAUUACCGAGACUUAAAUAGGGCCAGCCUUAAAGAUAACUUCCCACUGCCUCAUAUUGACAUUUUGGUGGACAAUACAGCUCGUCAUUCAUUGUUCUCUUUCAUGGAUGGCUUUUCUGGAUACAACAAAAUUAAGAUGGCGCCCGAAGACAAAGAAAAGACUGCUUUUGUGACCGCAUGGGGCACAUUUUGUUAUAAAGUCAUGCCGUUUGGACUGAAAAAUGCGAGAGCCACUUAUCAGCGAGUGAUGGUUACUUUGUUCCAUGAUAUGAUGCAUAAAGAAAUAGAGGUAUAUGUGGAUGACAUGAUUGCAAAAGCCCACUCACCAGAGGAGCACUUAGUGAAUUUGAGAAAGUUGUUCCAAAGACUCCGAGAGUACCAGCUUAAGUUGAAUCCAUCCAAGUGUACAUUUGGGGCAACAUCUGGAAAGUUGUUGGGUUUUGUAGUGAGCCAGAAUGGAAUAGAGGUAGAUCCUGAUAAAGUCAAAACAAUUCAGAAUUUGCCUCCACCUAGAACCCAAAAGGAGGUGAGGGGGUUUCUAGGACGAUUAAAUUAUAUAGCUCGUUUCAUAUCCCAGUUGACAGCAAAGUGUGACCCCAUUUUUAAGUUGCUCAGGAAGAAUAAUCCGGGAGAAUGGGAUGAUGAAUGUCAAGUUGCCUUUGAGAAAGUAAAGGAAUAUCUGUUAAAUCCACCUUCUGAUGCCCCCAGAACGAGGAAGACCUUUGAUCUUGUCAAGGGUGUCGCACCCCUCUCUUUGCAUAGAGAGGGGCAGCAACCUAGGAGAUUUCAAGAAGAGGAUUUUGCCUUCAAGUUUUCCCAGAGGUUAAGGCAAUACAUGUUAUACCACACUACGAUGUUGGUAGCCAAACUUGAUCCCCUCCGAUAUAUUUUUGAGAAGCGUGGUUUGUCUGGUCGAAUCGCAAGGUGGCAAGUACUCUUGUCCGAAUAUGAUAUAGCGUAUGUGUCCCAAAAAGCCAUAAAAGGAAGUGUCGUGGCAGAUUUUCUGGCAGACAGAGCGAGUAAUGAUUAUGAGCCUGUAAAAUUUGAAUUCCCAGAUGAAGAUCUCAUGGCUGUAAUGAAUGUCGAGAAAGAGGUUUCAGAGGAGCCAACAAAAUGGAAAGUGUACUUUGAUGGAGCAUCCAAUAUGCUGGGCAUGGAAUUGGUGUUGUGUUGGUUUCACCAGAUGGGGACCAUUUUCCAGAUGGCUAUUGAAAAGAAAGUCAGAGUUUUAGAAGUCUAUGGUGAUUCAGCCUUGGUGGUAUAUCAAAUGAAAGGAGAAUGGGAAACAAGAGAUUCUAAGUUGAUUCCUUAUCGGGAGUACCUACUAGAGCUAAUGGAACAAUUUGAAGACAUUUCCUUCCAUUAUGUUCCACGAGAAGGAAAUCAGUUGGCUGAUGCUCUAGCUUCGCUGGCCGCUAUGUUUAAAUUUGGAGGAGGUGUGAAUAUACCGCCAAUUAAGUUGAGGUUAAAAGAAGCACUGGCCCAUGUUAUGAGUGUGGAAGAGGAGCCGGAUGGGAAUCCAUGGUAUUAUGAUAUCGUACAGAAUCUUAAGCAUCAAAAAUACCUAGAGCAUGCUACUGACAAUGAUAAGAGGGUGAUUAGGCGAAUGUCAUUGGGAUAUUUUCUGGAUGGGGAGGUUUUGUAUAAGAAUAGUCAGGGUCAGGUUCUGUUGAGAUGUGCGAAUUCGGCGGAAGCUAAAAGGAUACUAGAAGAAGUGCAUGAAGGAAUUUGUGGAAGUCAUGCAAGCGGACAUAGAUUGGCCAGGCAAGUUAUGAGAGCAGGGUAUUAUUGGUUGACUUUGGAGACUGAUUGUAUCAAUUAUGCGAGGAAGUGUCGCAAAUGUCAGGAGUAUGGAGAUCUGAUACACACUCCCCCCCCUCCACUUCAUGUUUUGGUAUCUCCAUGGCCAUUUUCAAUUGGGGGCAUAGAUGUGAUCGGAGCUAUAAAUCCUAAGGCUUCAAAUGGUCAUCAAUACAUCUUAGUGGCGAUUGAUUACUUCACUAAAUGGGUGGAGGCUGCAUCCUAUUCUAGCAUAACACAAUCAGUGGCCCUCAGAUUUAUCAAGAAGGAAAUUAUUUGCCGAUAUGGUCUGCCUGAAAGAAUCAUUACUGUCAAUGCAAUGAAUUUGAAUGGCAAGCUUAUUGCAGCCGCUUGUGCUCAGUUUAAAAUUACCCACAGCAAUUCCGCCCCAAGACGCCCGAAAAUGAAUGGUGCAGUGGAAACAGCAAACAAGAACAUCAAGAACAUCAUACGGAAGAUGACUGAAACUUAUAGAGAUUGGCAUGAAAAAUUACCUUUUGCUCUGUAUGCCUAUAGGACUUGUGCCAGAACAUCUACAGGGGCAACUCCUUAUUCAUCGGUGUAUGGGAUGGAAGCGGUUGUGCCAGUUGAAGUGGAAAUUCCCCCGUUAAGAGUAUACCGUGAAGUCAGACUAGAAGAAGCAGAAUGGGAGCAAGAAAGAUAUGAUCAACUGAAUCUUUUAGGAGAGAAAAGAAUGAUCGAUCUCUGUCAUGGACAAGCAUAUCAGAAAAGGAUGAUAAGGGCAUUCAACAAAAAAGUGCGUCCUAGGCAGUUCAAGGAAGGAGAAUUGGUGCUGAAGAAAAUUCUCCCUGAGCAACAUGAUCCAAGAGGCAAAUGGGCGUCAAAUUGGGAAGGGCCAUAUGUUGUAAAGAAGGCAUUUUCAGGAGGUGCUUUAAUUUUGCAAGAGAUGGAUGGGGAUGAAUUACCAAGUCCGAUUAAUUCGGACGCGGUAAAGAAAUAUUUUGCCUAA